AUGAAUCGUUUCGAAGUCCCCGGCAGUGUCGAGUAUCAUCUCGUAGAAGAACUAUGCACAACUUCGACGCUGACAUCCUUCUACAACCUGCUUGGAGGGGAACACUCCGACAUUUCUAUCGUUUGUGGCGAUCACGAAUUCAAGGCUCACCGCGCGAUCGUAUGCACACAAUCUUUGUGGUUUGACGUGGCUUUCACCGCUCCUGCCAAGAAGCGUAUCAUCAGAAAGGUAGAGGUUAAAGGAGUUGACCCUGGAGUUUUCCAGCGAUUUCUCGAAUUUCUUUACACUGGGACAUAUACGAUCGAAGGCGAGACACCACAACGAGAUCUCACCACAUCUCGAACCGGAGAGAUAGAGUCGAUGUUGAGGGAUCACUCAGAGCAACCUUGCAGCAUGCCUUCCAGCGAAGUAGCUGCUUCCGAUACAUCUUCCAAGCGCCCUGUCAGACGUUCCAGUAGGAAAUCGCACUCGACUGCAGACUCAAUGGACGAGGCACCCGAUUCCGACACUCCGAUGGCGACCGCGGCUUCGCCCGACUCUUCGAUCCCGGAGGAAAUCCUAUUCAAAACUCCCUUCCCUCCCGCAAUGACCAUUUCGCUCGAGCUGUACAAUCUUGCGCAUGAGUACAAAGUGCCUGCUCUCCAACUUCUUGCUCGAGAGCGUUUCUUCAAAGCGGCCAAAGCCCGUUGGCUCUCGUCCUGGGAAGGGGCGAGCUGGGAGGACACAAAGGAGUUCGAAGACGUUGCCCUGAGUCUCUACACGUCUCAAGACGGCGAGCCUAUGUGGAAGGUCCUGGUUCUAUUGGUCCAGGCGAAGACUGGGGAUGACUUAAUGAAGCGCCGAAUGCACGAUGUGGCGAAGGAACAUUAUGAUCUUCGAGCUGGUGUUGAAGGACAGGAAGUUCAAGGAAUGACGGACCCCAAGACCGUUCGGCAGAACCUACAGCAACCAGCAUGUGGUAGGCUGGGAAUCCCUACAUUUCAUGGGAAUGCACUACUUAGUGAACCCGACCAAGAGUGGCAGCCACCAGCUGAAGAAGUAGAAGUACCCGAAGAGGAGGAUGAGGAGGACGAGAACAACGAGGAUGGCUCUGAGAACAGCGAUAUGAAUGACCACCAAGAGGGAAAACCCGACAUAAUGACGAUGGAAGACGUAGUCACCAUCCCAAACAGAGAAGGAUUGAGACUAAUCGCAGAACUACGCGACGAUAUGAAACUGCCUCUCCGGCUUUAUGCCAUGGCAUACAAGUACGACGUGCCCGCGCUCCGACUCCUUGCCCGCAAUCGCUUUUACAGAGCCGCUGAGCUAGCCUGGGAAAUGGCAGAGUGCUUCCCUGAUAUCGCGGGGUACGCAAUCCAUUCGAAAAUGGUACUUCACUGA